CAAGCCGACUGGUGGGAGAAUUCAAAUUUCAACCAAACAGCCUCGAGGCGUAAUUCCUAUAUAGGGAUGCCAUAAACGCGGUCCAUUUUGUUGAAUAGCACCCAUCACCACGACGCGACUUUUCCCUCCUCCUUUCAUCAUGCCAUUUCUUUAAAAUCCCAGAGUCUUUUCCCGUACCGAAAUCCCCAGGACCCUCCUACCUUUUCUGUACUUCUACCGGGCUGCACCACCAUUUUCCGACUCUUGAACAAAUUGCAACGACAAAAAACGCUCUGAUACGACACCUUUGAUUUCAAUCAUAAUCUAAUACUGCACAACCAGUAAUGGAUGAUCAACCAUAUACGACGCCCGACGAAGACCCUUUCAGUGUACGGCCCCUGCUUCAGCCUCGCCGGAGACGUUCAAGCAUGCUCGAUAAAUGGAUCCAAGAACAGCAAAAGCUUCCCAGCUCUCCGCAAUCCACUCCUCGUGCCAGCUGCAACACACUUGGUCCUCGCGGUAAUCCAUACUUGGCUUAUCCUGAUCUUGGAAUACCGCAAGAAAGCCGCAGCCGUUCUGGCUCUGUGAUAACGUUGGGUAGCUAUGACCUUGUAGAUGACGAGGAUAUCCCACAAGGCUCGAUUCCCGAGAUUCCUCUAUCACCAUCAACACCAACAUCCACAGCUCACAAAGGCUUUCUAGGGACACCUACAUCUUUUCGCAGUCUGCACAACCCUUUCCGUUCUCAAUCACCCGCGCGUUCUUCGACACCUACAGCUGAAACAGCUCCCAGGACUCCUUCUCGUAAAUCAUUUAUACCGCUGAACUCUCGCCUUGGCCAGGGCUCAGAACGAAGUAAACCCAAACAGCAUAACAGAUCCUCAAGUCUUUCGAUACUCAACAAUCCUCCUCUUUCCCCCUCUACCUCUUCCCAUAUGCCUGAACCUUUGCACACACCCUCCAAGUGGCGCCCGAGUGUGCUAGGAUAUUUCUCUUCGUCCGCUACCUCUCAGGUAUCAUUUAUUCCCUCCGAAACCCUUUACACACCUUCUCGCCCAAGCGUAUCAUCAAAUUCCACCGUCACGACCACGACCAGCAUCACAUCUGCCACCGCCACCGCGAAGAAUAAUGACGCACCUGUCACAACUACCAGGCUUCCUCUGAACAGUGGCGUUGCAUCUUUUCGGUUGCCGCGACGUUCUCAUGCAGAUAUGUUGCAUGUUCAAAGUUCCAACUCCGUGGAAAACAAUGUCCCCAACUCUUCAUAUGCUCGUUCUUCCAAGGGCGGCAGUACGCGAAUACCCUUAGCUCCCAAAUCCACUGUACGACUAGCAAACUCCAACGUCAAUCCAAUACACGAUGAUGACGAGGAGAGGUCUCCUGCUCCGGUGCCUAUCGCGAAACAUAACGCGAAACCGGAGGUUGUAUUUGUUGCAUCCAGCAAGACAAACACACUGUCAAAAAUGUCUUUCGCCGCUCUAUCUUCCAAGAACAACAAGAAAAAGCGGCUUAUCAUUAGCGGUAUUGCAUCUAAUGAUGUCCGGAAGUUUGAGGGUGUGAAGACCUGGUGUGAGAGCUUUGGAGAAGUUUCGCACAUCAUAAGGAUGCCAAAUAGUGAUUUACAUGUUCACUUCCGUAGCGCAGAUGUCGCCGACACGGUUUGUCGUCUUCGUGCCAAGGUUUACAUCGUAGGCUGCGGUAGCGUAGGCGUGUCCUGGACUACUGGCAACACUAAGCGAUAAGCAUUACCCUUUGCGAUUGAUUCUCCUUUUGAUGCUUCUCCAUUUCGUGUUCUUCAUGCAACAAGCUUUCAGCAUUGUAUAACAAGCAAAGCCCGGUUACCCUGCAAGCUACUUUACUGGUC